AUGACCGCAGAAGAAGAAAUUAGGUUAAUUUUAAAGAAUUAUAAGAUAUUAAUCACGCAGCAUGCGCAGAAUUAUUUUGAAUAUAAUAGAUCUCAUAGAACUCUAUGCGAGUUCUGUAAAGUUAAGAAAUUUAAAAUUAUAGGCAAUUUUAACAAAGUGGAAGUUAUGGCAUGCGGUGCCUUGUUAGAAUACGUAAAAGUAACACAAGAUGUUCUGUUCCUAGGCUUGAAUUUCCUAAAACUUACGAGCAAUAGCAUUUUAUACUUAUUGAUGCUUCAUCAAGGAUGAAAUUUAGAGUUAUUUUUAACUCAACUUAAUAAAAAAAGCUCUUUAAUUUCAGUUGUUAAUCAUGCGGUGACAGCGCCUGGCGGGCGUCUAUUAAAGCAGAUGCUUUCUUCACCGCUGGUUUUCCUAAGGCAAUUAACUCAAGACUUGAUACCGUUAAGUUUUUUGUGUACAAACACGAGUUUCGUGGAAAAAUAAGAGAGAUACUCUCUAGCAUGUGAGAUAUCGAAAGACCAUUAUCAUCUCUGACGCUAGGAAGUGGUUCGCCUAAAGAUAUUAAUCUAUUGAAGAUAGGCUCACAAAAUUUUAAAGUUAUCUGAGUGUCUGUAUGCAGUGAAAUCAAGCAAAAAUGAAUUGGAAGUUAUAUACAAAAGCCUAGGUGAUUACAAAGAUGUGUAUGAAUUUCUUAACAAGGUUAUUCUGGAUAAUAACGUCAGCAAUGUAAAAGAAGGUGGAUUUGUUGAUCCGAAUUAUAAUGCAGAAUUAUCUGAGCUGUCUUAUAUGUUAAAUAACGGUAAUAAGUUGAUAAUUAAGCUACGUAGUUCCUAUCGCGAUCUUACUGACAUUGCAACACUUAAAAUACUGCAUAACAACAUACUUGGCUACUACAUCGAAGCUUCAUCGAAUCAUAAGAUGACUUCGUAUAUCCUUAUUCAUAGACAAGGCUUGGCAAGCAGUUCUCGUACAACACCGCCGAAUUAAAGAGUUAAAAAUAAAAUCCUUACUGCACGUGAUGCUCCAAUUAAUUUGGAAAUUACAAUUUUUGGUGCUCUAUGCAGCAAAAUUGCUGAAGAAUCUGAAAAUCGCCCUUGCUGCAAAUGCUUUAUCAAAACUUGAUAUCAGAACUGCAUUUGCAGAACUUGCUGCGAGAAAUAAAUACGUGAGACCAGUUAUUGAUGACAGCAGGGAAUUUAAUUCCCAGGAUGCAUGCAUCCUAUAA